CACUCGGACCUCCGCCGUAGGUUCCGCAGCUUCACGCGAAUCACGCGACGUUCCCCUGCAGUUUUGCCGCGCGCGGUGAUUAGGUUUAAUAAACGCGAAAAGCGUAGGGAAGCGAGGAGCCCGCCGCGGAGCGCCCUUUCGACGGAGCCCGCAAUCAUUUCGUUUUCGUGACACGCUCGUUUCCACGACGAAACGAUGCUUUGGAUAGACAGCAUACCGGGAAUCGAUCGUCGACGUCUGCCCGUCGUAUGUCUGGCGUUGGCGAUCUGCGCGUUCUUCACCAUUGACGCGAGCGACGCCGCCACGAACGAAACCAAGGACUCGUGGACGGGAUUUUCGACGUCCUGCACAUCGGAGGAUUCCAAAAAUGUGUCGGUCUCCUGUCAUGGAGUGCGCAUCGUACGGAAAAUCGUACAACAAUUUCUGGAGACCACCAGCAAGGAACGGGACAUUGAACUGUUCGACGGCGUAUCCUUGGUCGAAGCGCCUGGAAACGGAUCUUCCCGAAAGGCCAGAGUGUUGAAGGGCUUCGGAGGCCUCGGGCCAUUUUUUCAGUUCCUGGAAGGUAGAGAACUGAGAAUCAAGCUGCCGUCCUUACUCCCAUCGAACUUCGAGACUGCCUUAAAGGAGAGUUUGCCAUCCGAAUCUGAAGCGAGGCAGAAGCGAGGAGGAGGCGGCGGCGGUUACGGCGGCGGCGGCGGCGGCGGCGGUUACGGCGGCGGCGGCGGCGGCGGCAAAGGUGGCAAGAAGGGCGGUGGCGGUGGUUACAUGAUACUGGCCCUCAUGAUGGGUAAAAUGAUGGCUGCUAUGGGCAUGGGGGCGGUGGGUCUUUUGGCCAUGAAGGCUCUGAUGGUCUCGGCAAUGGCUCUGAUGCUAUCGCUAAUCGUAGCUGUGAAGAAAUUGGCAGGAGGCGGCGAUGAUCACGGUGGCCAUCACGUCGUUUACGCGCAAGAAGUUGGCCAUCAUCACCGCAAGAAGAGAUCGAUCGAAGAUGUCGAUUCUACACUGUUACCCUACAGAGGAUAUGCCCAUCUCUACGCUAACUCGGGAGCAUCUUGAUACCUUUGUUAAUCGUUAAUUGCAGCACCAACCGCGAGAUUGAAUUGGUUCUCGAGCUUCUUAACUCUCCUGUCAUCAGUACCUAAAGCCCUCUUCAGUUAGAUGCGACUAGAUGGACCACGUUGAUAACAGCACAUUGACAUUGCGUUCACGUAAUUUGCAUUUCCGUCACAUCAUCAUUGCCUCGUUAUCAUCAUCAUCAUCAUUACAUUCAUUUAACGCAACAUGCGCCUUUUCCACAACGUGGCUUUCGUUUCUUUUUAGUUUAUAAAACUGCAAACGUCAGGUCGCGGUAGGAGGGUUAAUAGGCGUUGGAAAAUGACCGACGACGUGACGCGACGUGACGCGACGCGACGCGACGCGACGCGACGCGACGCGAGAUCAGUGACAGUGACAUCGACGAAACGACAAAUGACUGAGGAACCGAUUGACAUCUACGGUAGAAAGUGAUGUUUAACAAAUGCUUGCUCACGAGAAACGUGGUAAUUGAUCUCUAUUGGUCUGCCACUUCGACAGGACUCUCAGUGAAAAAUCACACAGACACGCACCGAAGAAACCAAAGUACGUUGUUUGACUUUUUUAUUUAUUUAUUUUUUUAUCCACGUAUUUAUUAUUGUGCAACACAUGUUAAUAAAGCAUACGUGUUUGGAAGAUAUGAAAUA